AUGCCCAUCCUAAAUUCGUUAGAAUUUUGCAUGAUGAUCAUUAAAAUUGAAAGCUUAGAUUCCGUGCCGCAAAAUAUUUUAAUCGACAAAAGUCGCCGAUUUAGCCCUGGUACUAGUCAUUCGAAAUCGCUUGCAACCGCUUCUAUAUAA